AUGGGUCUUGGGGGAUUCAGCGAACACAUGUAUGUCUCAGCACAGAGUUUCUCGGGAUCCGACACUAGAUUGCUAGUUGAGAUGUUGGCGGAGCAGGCCACCAGAGAGGCUGUAGGACCAUCCUUCGAAGGUGGUUCAUUUGCAGGACUAGCCACUGAGACUGAUACGGCUGUGAUUUCUAGCAUCCCUAGUUUAGCUGAGGGUGAUGGAUCUGUAGCGACCUUUUCCGAUGAGGCUUUUCCAGAGGGUGUGGCCGUCGGCCACGUCGGGGCUACGAGCUACGCAGCACCUUCUCGGUUUCCCUCUUUGGCUCCAGUACCCGUGUUCACCGCUGAUAAGCCGCGUGGUGCGGUUGAGAAAGUGAUCUCCAUUCCUUCCGACGAAGAGGAAGAAGCUGGAGAUGAUGAGGGGUUUACGGGCUUAGCCGAUCCUGCCCGCGAAAUCGCCGUCAAAGAGGGUCCUUCCUCUUGGGCAAAUCGCUCGUCUAGGGAGACGGGCGAAUCUGAGGAGGAUGACGACGACGCCUCAAUACACGAGGCCCUGUCGAGUGAGGAAGAGGACUUGGCUCAUGAAGAUGCGACUGGUCAAAUAGGGGGAUCCCCUGCUCCUGCGGCGGUGUCUGCUGAGGAUCGUUCCUCAGUGCGAGAGUCACCGCUUCAAAGAGAGGUUUCUGCUCAGCAAGUGAUCACCUCCCUGUCGGGGGUCGCCGUUGAUGCCAUGAUUGCUGUUCCGAGGUCAUCAUUGGUCACACCGGCCCUGGCGACGCCAAUUACCACUUCCACAGUUAUGGCCACCGGUGCUUCAACCGCGGUUCCAUCUAUGAUGGAAGAGGCUGCCCUCUCUCCCUUGGAGCGUGAGCGAAGAAAGAGUGCGGCACGAUCCGUGGCUGAAUUCCAUGACACUAUGGCUGCCUGCAUCAGGCUCGCGCUGGAAGAGAGUUGUCCUUUCGAGAGCUUCGAAGAGGAUAUCGACUACAUCAUAGGCUUCUUAAUCAAGAGGCUAAAGCAUUCUGGGGCGCAGCCUUAUUUCCAGCGUAAGGAGGCGGUGAAAGAAGCCAUCCAGCAGUUGCUUGCUCUUCGCGCGAAGAGUUCCACUCUUGUGGAUCUUGCAUCCGGCGAAGUCCGAGCGGUGGUGCAAGAGCGGGAUCGCCGUCUGAAUGAAACCAUGUCACUAGAGGCGAGAUUGUCAGAGGAGUUGGAGCAGGCCAAAGCUGAGAAUGAACGGAUGGUCUUCGAGCGACAGAAGGCUGACAACCGCGUUUCUCGCCUGUCUUCGGAGGUAGAGACUCUGAAGCAGGUCAUAGCCAAGGCGCGGGCCUCAUUGGCUAUUCAAGAGAAGGCUCGUGAGCAGGCGGUCAAAGAGUUGGAGAACAUUGAAUCUCGCCAGCAGCUGACUGCCAAUUCAGUGGAGGAAAAGGAGCGAGCCCAUAAGGAAGCCAAAGAGACCGUUCAAGACUUGGCCUCGCGUACGGAUGAAGAUCUUCGCCGAGAGAUUCUAAGGAGGCUUGAACUUCGCCAUGCCGAAGAACUUCGACUUCUUUUCGUUUCUCCGAUAAGGAUUCCUGGAGUGGCUCUGUCCGGGUCUGGAGUGGCUCCGUCUGGGUCUGGAGCCGUGUCGCCUGCCUCACCUGCCGCAUCGGGGGCAGUUCAAGAGGCUCCGAAGGACGUUCCUCUGCCGUCCAACGUGAGGUCACCGUCGGGAGUUCCAACGGCUUCUUUGCCCGCAUCACGAGGUGCGGUUGAGAAAGUGAUCUCCAUUCCUUCCGACGAAGAGGAAGAAGCUGGAGAUGAUGAGGGGCUUACGGGCUUAGCCGAUCCUGCCCGCGAAAUCGCCGUCAAAGAGGGUCCUUCCUCUUGGGCAAAUCGCUCGUCUAGGGAGACGGGCGAAUCUGAGGAGGAUGACGACGACGCCUCAAUACACGAGGCCCUGUCGAGUGAGGAAGAGGACUUGGCUCAUGAAGAUGCGACUGGUCAAAUAGGGGGAUCCCCUGCUCUUGCGGCGGUGUCUGCUGAGGAUCGUUCCUCAGUGCGAGAGUCACCGCUUCAAAGAGAGGUUUCUGCUCAGCAAGUGACCACCUCCCUGUCGGGGGUCGCCGUUGACGCCGUGAUUGCUGUUCCGAGGGCAUCAUUCGGGGGGCGCCGUUGA